AAUUAAAUAUACAACCUCCACCACUCUUAACAAUUGCUACUGAUCUGAAGACAAAAGCUAUGGCAGCUACAUGUACUUCUACUUGGCUACCUGCAGCUGCAUCAGUGAUUUGCAGAAAUCCAUCAUCCAAAAUCAGCAUGAAUUUAACCCCAACACUACCUUAUCAUAGUAAUAAUAAGGUCUUGAUUAGCAGCAAUCCAAGAGCAACAAGAAGGUUGUCUACAAAGUUGAGAGCAGCUGGUUUAACGGAUAUCGAACCUGACCUCAAUGAAGAUCCUGGUGACCGGUGGGCUACGAAUGGAGUUGAUGCUGAAGAUUUUAUAUAUGGAGAAUAUGAUGGACAUCAUACAUAUUUUGAAACUUCAGAGAAAGGAACAUUUUGGGGAGCAGUGGCUGAAGAAUAUAAUGCCAUGGAACCACCUACUGGUUUCCAAGGUCUUAUUUCGUGGCUGUUCCUUCCAGCAGUUGCUGCGGGGAUGUAUUUCAAUGUUCCGGGGGAGUAUCUGUACAUUGGAGCAGGACUAUUUACAAUCGUAUUCUGCAUAAUUGAGAUGGAUAAACCAGACAAACCUCACAACUUUGAGCCCCAAAUAUACAACAUGGAAAGAGGAGCUCGUGACAAGUUGAUCGCUGAUUAUAAUACUAUGGACAUUUGGGACUUUAAUGAAAAAUACGGAGAACUCUGGGAUUUUACUUUGAAAAACGAUGAUAUAGUAAAGAGAUAAUUGUCAGGAAAUGACAUUGGUUUGGGAUAUUUCCAACUGAUAUGCACAGUUGAAUCAGGUAUAUUUGUCUGAUUUCUUCAGUUAAGAUUUUUAACCUUGUCCAAUGAUUGGACUUUGGUCAGAGUGUACAAAUUGAAUUAGUGUCCACCAUAAAAAUUGAAAGUUGAAGCUGCUGAGCACAAAUCAUGGCCUUACUAUUGUCAGUUUGUCACAAAAAAAAUUGUAUGAUUGUAAAUAAUGAAUUCAUAUAAAUAUUAUUCUGUGGGUAAUUCAUGAUACUAUAUUUGUUAUCAGAAGAGUGCAGCAUAGUAUUUUAUUUUGCAGCAUAGUAGUUAAUUUUGCUAUGUGAUCUGAUUUACCUA